UGCUGACGAGGAGAGCACACGUACUAAGACGGUGGUCUCAAGCACGUCCGUGACCAACCUGGAACAACAUACUAGAGGUCUGAAGCAUGUCCUGGGGACACAACGGCCAAAACAGUCGGGCUAAAAUCAUGGAAGAAGACAAAGAUGGAGGAGAAAGAGGCAGUCACGACAGAAGAGCCAGGAGGAGGAGUCCACGAGAGGAACAGAGGAGAAGAAGAAGAGAAAAGGAGAAAGUUCUUAGCUUUGAUUGGGUUUGAUUUGACUUGAUUCCGUCUUUUCUUAAUGGGAUAAAAGAGCUUCUUCGCUGGCAGGUGCCCAUUUCUCGUUUCCUUAGUUGGCGAGCCUCACAUGGCCCCUUGGUCCCCUUCACAUCAUUGAUUUAUCACACCGAACAAACCCACAAGUAAAUUAAUAAUUCUAAGCUUGGCUCCACGGAUCACAGCAAGCUCUGGAAGAAGGGGAAGGAAGAAGAAUUGCCAGAAACGUUCCUGUGGAAAGUGGUCUCUGGAAGAGAGAGAUCAUUAGGUGUUUCAUCUUUUGGAGCUCAUACCCACGAGGAGAACAGGAAAGAGCAAUUGGAAAAUAGGCUUGUGCUGUGGGGAGUGUUGCAGUCACUUUCCUCUGCCUCUCUUGGCCUGCUUUGUGGAAGGGAGAAUAUACAUACGUUAAAAUCUGAGCUGGGUCUUCAUGGAUCCUUUGAGGAGAAGAACCUUGCUCAAGGUCAUAGUUCUUGGUGACAGUGGAGUGGGAAAGACCUCCUUGAUGAACCAAUACGUGUACAAAAAGUUCAGCCAACAAUAUAAGGCUACGAUCGGAGCUGAUUUUGUCACUAAGGAACUGCAGAUUGAUGACAAACUGGUCACCCUACAAGUCUGGGACACGGCAGGGCAGGAACGGUUUCACAGCCUCGGAGCCGCAUUUUACAGAGGUGCAGAUUGCUGUGUCCUUGUAUACGAUGUCAACGUCGGUAAAACCUUUGAAUCACUUAGCAACUGGCGCGAGGAGUUCCUUAAACAGGCAGAUCCAGCAGAUCCGGAGGCGUUUCCCUUCGUAUUGCUCGGGAACAAAAUAGAUGUAGACGGCGGGCACAGUCGUGUGGUUUCUGAAAAAAGAGCAAAGGAGUGGUGUGCUUCCCGGGGAAACAUUCCGUACUUCGAGACCUCAGCAAAAGAAGAUUACAAUGUGGAUGAAGCGUUUUUCUGCGUUGCGCAAGCUGCGCUGGCGAGUGAACACCAACAAGACAUUUACUUCCAGGGCAUCUCAGAAACAGUUUCCGAAGUCGAGCCAAGAGGCGGCUGUGCUUGCUGAAGUUCGCUUUCUAAAGAUUUGCACAGUCUUACUUUGAUUCUUUCACAAUGUUCUACGCAAAUUAUUAUUAUUGUUAUUAUUUUGACAUGCCGAGUGUUGGAAAGAGGCAGGUGCCCCAACCACAUCGAGUGGCUUGCACAAGCAUUCGUUUUUGGGGAAUAAUGUAAUUCAAUUCUCAAAAGUAGUCUCAGACUGCUUCAACCAUGAAAUUCAUUAUUCUCAAGGAAUAAAAGAAAGAUACUGCAUGUA